GAACAAGAAUAACACUAGCUGUCUAAUGACGACAAAUAGUUGAGAGCAACGGAGCAUUGAGCGGAGCAGCGGGAAGGAUGUCGACAUAUUAUUGACUUGCUGAGUGUGGUCGAGACGAGCGAACAGCGCCGUGGAUUUUUUUCUGACUCCGCAGCAGUGAGAAUGACAGAAUAUAAGCUGGUGGUGGUAGGUGCAGGUGGUGUGGGCAAGAGUGCUCUGACCAUCCAGCUCAUUCAGAACCACUUUGUUGAUGAAUACGACCCAACCAUUGAGGACUCAUACAGGAAACAGGUGGUGAUUGAUGGAGAGACGUGUCUGUUAGAUAUCCUGGAUACUGCAGGUCAGGAAGAGUACAGUGCAAUGAGAGACCAGUACAUGAGGACCGGAGAGGGCUUUCUCUGCGUCUUUGCCAUCAACAAUACCAAGUCUUUUGAGGACAUUCAUCAGUACAGGGAACAGAUUAAGAGGGUUAAAGACUCAGAUGAUGUGCCUAUGGUGCUUGUGGGUAAUAAAUGUGACCUACCAGCACGCACUGUGGACACAAGACAAGCCCAGGAACUCGCCCGUAGCUACGGUAUACCCUACAUUGAAACCUCAGCCAAGACCAGACAGGGAGUGGAAGAUGCCUUUUACACACUCGUCCGUGAAAUCAGGCAGCAUAAGUUGAGGAAACUGAACCCGCCAGAUGACAACGGCCAAGACUGUAUGAACUGCCGCUGUGUAGUGUCAUGAUCUGUGAAAGUGCAUGGCGUGGCUUUGGAAGCAGUGCAGCCCUACAGACCACAAACACUGCAACACCUACACAGAUGCUGGACGUUUAGAGCAGACUGUGUAAAAGGGAAAUCUUUAUUCUGGCAGCCCUGCAGUCUUCUUAGGGAUGUUCCCAUCGCUCUCCUCUACUGGAGAGGAAAGAAGUUGUACCUCAUUUUAAUGGUCUCAACACUGGAGUUGCUAUACGACUGGAUGAGCGCUGUCACACUUAAAUAUAUUUACAUUAAACAAACUAUUUACUCUUAACUGGAAGUAAUAGCUCAGAAAAUAACCUCUCAUAUUGCUUUGUCAGAUGUGUAUGUUAGAAAAACACUUUACGAGACGGAGAGGAGAAUUACUACAUCAGUUAGAUUAGCAUAUGUCUGGAUGUGAGGAAGAUUUGUAUUGUCAUUUGCUUAGAAGAAGUCUAUCCUAAUAAAAUGUACUUAAUUCAUUACGUUCUCUUGCAAAGAGAAUAGUCAUAUGCAGUGUGUGUAUCACAAGUUACAGUGCAAUAGAUUGCGAUUAGAAGGUACAUCUCCGAUAGGACAUGCUAUGGAAUCGCAUUUAUUCUUUGUUAGCCUUUUUGAAUUUGAAUGGCCCUCAGGGUCUUUGAAUUGUGGCUUGAUUAAAUACCCAGAUGUGAUGCUUUACAUUUACAUUAUUAGACAAAUGCAUCACAAAUAAUUGCAUUGGCUAAAGAAGACAAAUAAAUUAAGGUCUCUUCAAAAAAAAAAAAAAAC